UGAAUGAGGUGUUCCUGGAUAGCCCUUGAAGUCUAGUUGACUUAUUGGGUGGUUUCUGUGCGAAGAGAGAGAUAUUUUCAUAUAAAAAUCGAGCUUGAUUGAACUGUUGCGCAUAAUCUCGAGCAGGGAGAGGGAGGUGUUGUCUGGUUCGUAUAUUGAGUUCCAGUUGUCCAAAUAGGGCGUGUGAUGUGUCUACGGAAAUCUCUCUAGACUAGGAAUCCUUGAACGUCUGUUGUGCAUCAAACAAAGUUGUGGAAGGCUUCCAAAUAGUCCGAACAAAACACAACCUCGCAGAAUCGGAUCUUCCUUUCCAAAGUUUCCGACGACGAUCCUCCUAACAAUCUCAAGAAAGUAUCAUGUCGUCUGAACAGCCUGCCCAUCAACUCAUCUCCAUUCCCGACACCCCCGUAGGGAAAACAUCUGCGGUGUCCCAAUCCACUGCCCAGGACAUAUCCACACAACUCCACAACAUGCAACUUGAUGUGCAAUCUGUUCAUGCGAAGCCCUUUCCCGAUAUUUCCAAGAUAGAAGUAUUUUCGGGAGCAAAUUUCAAGAGAUGGCAAGAACGUCUAUUCUCCACUCUUGAUAUGCAUGGCGUUGCCGAUGUUCUUAACCAAGCCAUGCCCGAUGACAAAUCACCUGAAGGCGUCAAACUCCUCCAACAAUGGACCUACGCAAACAAGGUUUGCCGUCACACAAUUCUUAGCACUUUAUCUAACGAGUUAUUUGAUGUCUAUUGCACGAAAAAAUUGGCGAAGGAAAUAUGGAGUUCCAUGAUAGCUAAGUACACAGCCGAGGACACUGUCAAGCAGAAAUUUGUGAUAGGAAACUAUUAGAAGUGGGAGAUGAAGGAGGAUACAGACAUCAUGGCGCAAAUUCAUGAGUACCAGACGUUAUUGGAGGACCUUAAGAGCGUCCAGAUAGAACUACCAGAGCCAUUCAUUGCAGGGAUCCUAAUUGAGAAAUUGUCGGAGUCCUGGAGGGACUACAGAUGGGACCUCAAACAUGAUUUUGGGCUUAUGUCGUUCAAUGAUGUGAUUACUCACAUCAUCAUUGAAGACACAAACAGGAAGGAAAAUGCCAAGUGUCAAGCAAAUGAAUAUACUUCUAAUGCAAACUUGAUGGAGACAGAGAACAAAAGGAGGUAUGGGAAAAAUCAUUCUAACAAUAAGUCAAAUUACAAUAAGCCCAAACAUACCACCAAUUUAAAAAAGAAAGGUGAUUGUUAUGUUUGUGGGAAACCGGGACACCAUGCCAUUGAGUGUAGGAAAAGGGCGUUUGUGAAAACAAAAAAUCCACCUAAACCAAGUGCAAAUCUGGUUGAAAGUGAUGACAUUAUAACUGCGGUUGUUUCACAAAUUUGCCUUGUGGCGGAUGUAAAUGAAUGGAUAGUAGACUCGGGGGCUACUAGACAUAUUUACCAAGAUAAGAGUGUGUUUGCCUCCUAUACACCAAUAGGGGAUGAAGAAGAGUACGUACAUCUUGGUGAUUCUAGAACAACCAAGGUGCACAGAAAGGGCAAGGUUAACCUCAAACUCACAUCUGGCAAAAUGUUGUCACUCAAUGAUGUACUCCACGUGCCUGAGAUACAGACCAAUUUGAUCUCUGUUUCACUUUUGGGUAGAGCCGGUGUCAAGGUUUCCUUUGAAUCUGACAAGGUGGUUCUCACUAAAAACAACACCUUUGUCGGCAAGGGCUAUUGCAAUCAAGGACUUUUUAUGUUGAGUGUUUUAGAGGUGUUAAAGUGGUUGAUUUUAAUUGUUGAUUAAUAAGUUGUGAAAAACAUCAGUUUUCGUUUCCUUUUCUUGAAGAAUAAUUGGUGUUUCGUUGUUAGCAUCUCUACUGUGUUAUGAAAUUUCGUUUGAAUAAAAUGUGCA